AAAAUACUUUUACAUUCCCGAGUGACAGUGUCUUCUGACAAGUGAAUCCAGCUAUGAGUCGUUCAAUGAGUUUGUGCUACCUUGCUGUCCUAGUGACAGUGGUCCUGAUGUGUGCUGGCAGCACUCAAGGCGACGAUCAGUUCACGGCCACAGCUAGACAAAUGAUGCGUAUUUACGGCGACCCAUCAGUCAAUAGGGCAAUCAAGCAGCAGAAUCUGGAUCGCCUGGCCAACUUUUACCAGCACAACCGUCAUCGGAUUCAAUUCACUUCACAGGAAAGACGACAGGCUGAUGACUUGCUGAGGAGGUACAAUAAUGCAAAGGCUUCUGUCACGGUGGAUGGAGUACCAGCCCAAGGAGGAGCUGUUACAGCCGUACUUAUUCCCCUGGCUGUUGAAGGAGCCACCCAGCUGGUCAAGUUUGGAAUUGAUCAUUUGAAAUCAUCAGCCGGCGGAGUUGAGAUAAAUCGCAGUGCUGCCAUUUUUGGCUUGGCUUUUAUAAUGGCCUGCUAUUUGGUUAGAUCUAAGUCGUUGUAGGAUGGUGUCCGCUGGUAUACUGACUUUGAACUAUGUGAACUCUGCCUUGAUGAAUAUAAAAGUCAAUUCCAUUGAAUAUCUGAAAACUGUAGUACUUAUGAUUUACAAAAUAAGUUAGUUGCUUAUGGAUUUUUUUAAAUAAUUUUUUAAUAUUUUGUUUUAAUAAAUUUAAACUACAUAUUUCAUAUUAAACCAUAAAUAAAUAGAAAAUGAUUGAGAUCACGGCCAUAGAUGAUA